AUGGCUUCGCAUCCUUUCCUCCCUACCCCGCCUGUCUGCUGUCCUCACAUCGAACUCGCAUCUGUGUCUGGCGGCACGGACGACCCCUGCAAACUCGUGUCCUGGAUUGGUGGUCUCGCCAGUCAAACCGUCGAAGGCUUCAAGCACGUUAUCACUCUGCCUACGAAGCUAUCGCAGACCAUCGGUUCCCCGUCCAUCCCCAACUUUUUCGUGUAUGCGGGUCCUGCCAACAUGACCGUACCCAUUGGCGUGUCCCCGUCGUACUGGCUAUACGACGUGGGCGCGCUGGGCGUCCCGCAGAGUCUCUUGCCAAAUGCCACCCACUCGACGCCGGAGCCGCGUCCGGCGAAGGGCAGCAAUGGCCCUCCUUUGGGGCCGAUCGUCGAGAGCUUCGUCAGUAACUCGCGUGUAUAA